UUCAGCUGAUAAGGCGUGCUGGUUGUGCCUUUAAAAGGAACGUGCGGAGACCGGCAAUCUUUUUUUUGCACCUCUUAGCCUGUGUGCUCCUGAAGAGUAGGCAACAUGAUUUCGAGAAAUAUGAAAAAUGUCAUUGUGGUGUCUGUUGGAUUUUUGUCCCUCUUCACAGCGUAUGGAGGACUGCAGAGUUUACAGAGCAGCCUGAACGCUGAGGAGGGCAUGGGGGUGAUCUCCCUCAGUGUGGUCUACGCCUCCAUAAUCGUGUCCUCCAUGUUCCUCCCCCACAUCCUCAUCAAGAACCUGGGCUGCAAGUGGACCAUCGUGGCCUCCAUGGCCUGUUACAUCACCUACUCCUUUGGGAACCUCUACCCUGGAUGGGUCACCCUCAUCCCCACCUCCGCCAUCCUGGGUCUCGGUGGGUCCCCCCUGUGGUCAGCCAAGUGCACCUACCUGACCAUCAGCGGCAACCGGCAGUCGGAGAGAGAGGGCAAGAAGAAUGAGGACAUCAUCAACCUGUACUUCGGCAUCUUCUUCUUCAUCUUCCAGUCCUCCGCCGUCUGGGGAAACCUCAUGUCUUCCCUCAUCUUUGGCCAAAACACAGAGAAAGUUGAAAUUCCCGAGGAGCAGCUUAAGUACUGUGGGGCAGCGCUCUGUUCGGAGGACUACGUCCAGGCCAAUACCACACGGCCUCCUCAAAACCUUGUCAACACACUGCUAUACUGCUACAUCGGUGUAGGAGUGUUGGCCAUGAUCAUAGUGGCUUUGUUCCUGGAUAACAUCGACCGAGACAAUGCCAGAGAAUUCCGUGGCAACCGGACUCCAUUUUGUGGCACCUUCUUGGCCACCUUCAAGCUCCUGAGGGACAAACGGCUGGUCAUGCUUAUUCCUCUCACCAUGUACAGUGGUUUUGAGCAAAGCUUCCUGUCCGGUGAAUACACUAAGAACUAUAUCACCUGUGCACUAGGAAUACACAAUGUUGGCUUUGCCAUGAUUGCCUUUGGAGCGACUAAUUCUCUGAGUUCCUUUGCUUUUGGGAGACUGGCGAAAUACACUGGGAGGAUUGCACUAUUCGGUUUUGCGGCGCUCAUAAAUCUCAGCUGCAUCAUCGCCCUUCUGUUCUGGAGGCCCCAUCCGGACCAGCUGCCCGUCUUCUUUGUAUUUCCUGCACUCUGGGGCAUGGCGGAUGCCAUUUGGCAAACACAAACUAAUGCUCUCUACGGAGUUCUGUUCCCUGACCACAAGGAGGCAGCAUUUGCCAAUUACCGCAUGUGGGAGUCGCUGGGCUUUGUCAUAGCGUUUGCGUACAGCACCUACAUCUGUCUCUCCACCAAGAUCUACAUCCUCCUGUCCAUGCUCAUCCUCACUGCCAUCACCUACCUAUGGGUGGAGUAUCACCACUACAAACACCCAGUGGAGGCCCCAAGCUUCGCGCUAGAACCUGUCAGUGAGACAAAAGCCGAAGUGAAAACAGAAGAAAAGGAUGAUGUAGGGCAUUAUAAGGAGACCUAUAUGUAGUAGGCCACAUGCUUAACUCACUUAAUGUCAACGACGCUUAAGUGCGUCAUUUCACAUCCUAAUGUCCAGAACGAAUGAUGCUGUCAAUUCCGUUUUUAUGGUGUGUUGUUGGCAUAGAACACCUGAAAUGCUGAAAAUGCUCUGGCACUGUAUUGUUGUAUGGUUAAAAAAUGGUUGGCAUCCAAUGAGUUCAGGUUGUAGACCUACCACAUAACCCAAUACAGGAUUCUAUUGGCAUCAAGGAUAAAUGCAAAUGAAUACAUUUACAGCCAUAACCGAGGGUCAGCUGUGCUGUUGAUAAGCAAAAUAAAAUAUUGUAAUGUAGGAAAAGGAAUAAUGACUGAUUGACAAACUACCUGUAAUUGCAUGCAGUGUACAGUUCCAAAUGAUUAGUAUUAGUGAUAAGUUUCUGUUCAAUGUACAUUAUACCAUUUUUUUAUAAAGUUGUGAUUCAGUGCAUUACCUUUUCUUGCCUUUGAACAAUUGUGCUAUAGAUUGAAUCAUGCUAUUUGUCUUUUAUUAAAAAAAGACAUAGACUGAAAAACAAAAGUCGAAGAAGACCAAUGCACCAUCCUGCUGAUCUAUAAGCAGACUAUCAAAGAGAUUCUGAGCUUGAUACAUUUUAUAUUACAAUUAUUUCUUCCAGAGCAGUUAUGAUUACAGUUGUCAUGUGACCUUUUUUGGGAUGAAUGCAUAUUGUAAAUAGUAUAUUUAUUUCGAAAUGAUUUAGCACACCUAUGUAUGUAUCCACAAGCACUAAAACAUGUCAUUUUUUGUCUUCUCAAUUAUGUUAUCUAACUGUAUGUAUGUAGCUGUACAAUCUUUCCUCAGGUUUAUAUUAUGCACUUUAUAAUGUUCUAUGUAAAUAAAAUGACA